GAUGCGAUAAGAUAAGCCCGGGUGAGAACAACUUGCCAGCCUCGUUCGUGGCAGUCCGCCUCAUCUCCUGCCCUUCGACGCUGGAUCAGCCAGUAGGCUCCUCAAUCGGGUAUUACAUCCACCGCCGUUCUUUUUCGCCUACUCGUUUUACCUCUUCGGUCCCCUCUACUUAUGCUUGAUACCCUGCGAUACCUCGGACCGACUCCGACCUCGCUGCUUCGAUUAGCAUCUCCUGCAUAGAUUUCCGGCGCAUGGAGAACUAGAUCGUGACCCGCGGCGCGAAAAGGGUUCCGAACCGUGUCGCCGGCAGGUACAGCUCUCAGCUUUCGGCCAUCAAGGAACGGAUACAAUUGAGGUUUGAUACCUCCGGACGACUUCAAAAAUGGCCGACUCCAACACCGCGAGCCGCAGGCCAACCUACCCUGCCGGAACAAUUGCUAAAGUGUCGACCGACAUCUUGAACGAGACUUUUCACAAUAUCAUCCAUGACCUCGUCGCCAAGGUCCACCGCGAGGAAAAGGUGGCACGCAUGCGCUCCGCGGUGGUCGUCGCUCGCCAGAAAGCCGAGGAAGAGGCAACCGUCCCGGAUGAAACCCCUAGCAAGUCAGUAGCCGCCGAUGGAAAAACGAAAGAAGUUGUGAUCGAUGCGGCCAAGCUGGCAAGCACACACCUCGAGACCGAUGCUGCCACUUUCGACCGCGGGAAAAUCUUCCUGAAGGGGAAUCCCAUGCAAACCGUCAAGGAAAUCAUCUGUCCGGACUGCCGUCUCCCACGCCUCUCAUAUCCUCCCGUCGGUGCAGGCUACCGACCUCCUCCUGAUCCGAACGCCGAAUACUGCCAGAACGGACCAUUGAUCACACUGCCGGGCCACGACGUUCACGGGAAAAUGUUUGCCGUGAUGCCGAACCCGAAAAAGAAAAAGUCCGACAAGGACAGUACUAUCCCUGAAGUCCCAACCAGCAAGUGUCCCAUCUGCCCGCGCUAUUUUGUCAUGAAUCGAGUAGCCCAGCACUUGGAUCGCUGCAUGAAUAUCUCCGGCCGUGGCAGCAGUACCCGUAAUAAGACACCCACCGAUAGCGGCGCUAGUGGCGCCAGCAGCCCGACCUCGUCGGCUCCCAAACGUCCACACGAAGAAGACGAGGGCAGUCCCAGCCCUACCAAAAAGAAGAAGCUGAAUGUGUCCAAGAAGGCCUCUAGUACGAAGCCUGGGCCAAGCAAGCUUAAGAACUCAUUCACGGUGGAGGAUGAUGAUGAUGAUGUGAAGAGUGAAAACGCAGACUGAAGGAAUUAUGGUGAACACUAUUUCUCUCCCAGAGGCUUUUCGUCUUCGCUUCUCGGGGCUCUACGGUUUCUGUAUCACUUGCUUUCUGUUCCUUUCUGGGAGUACCCGGCGUUUGACUUGUUUCAUGGUUCCAAUGUGCUUAUGGCGUCUCUGGGUCUGGUCUGACCCAUACAAGAAUUUGCAUAGAUGACGAUGAUGAUGAGGGUGGGAUAGGAUUGUACAUUACUUCAUACCAUACACUGGGCCAUAGCAUGGCAUUUCUUUCUGUUUUAAUGUGAUCAUUCAUCAAUACCUCCUGGAGCUUAUGCUGG